GGCCUUAUAUUGAUUUAGCUCCUCUCUGCUUUUAAAGCAAAGCAGUUUUGAAUCCCAAGGGGAGAGAGAGAGAGUGAUAGAUCGGAGAGAUGCCGAAGCUGGUCGAGAAAACGGGAAGCCGACCACCGUGGGUGGGGCUAGCAGCCGCCGUAUGGGUUCAGAUGUCGGCGGGAAACGCUUCAACUUUCCCUCUUUACUCCUCCGCUCUCAAAUUGGUUUUAGGGUUUAACCAGCAGCAGGUCACGCUCCUCGGCGUGGCUUGUGAUCUCGGGGAGAACAUGGGUCUCCUCCCAGGGUACGCAAGUAACAAGCUCGCUCCUUGGGCGAUGCUUCUCAUCGGCGUCUCCUCUUGUUUCCUCGGUUACGGCGUCCUCUGGCUCUCCGUCAGCCAAAUCGUUAACGGCUUGCCUUUCUGGCUGCUGUUUAUAGCUCUUGUUGUGGCUACAAAUAGCUGCUCAUGGUUCAGCACAGCGUCUCUUGUAACCAAUAUGAGGAACUUUCCUAUGAGCAGAGGCUCUGUGGCGGGACUUCUCAAAGGCUUAACUGGGAUCAGUGGUGCAGCGUUCACCGUCUUGUUCAGCGUCUUGCUUCACCAUUCAGCUUCGGAUCUGCUUCUGUUUCUCACCGUUGGUAUUCCGGUUUUGUGCUUAGCUGUCAUGUAUUUCGUCCGUCCUUGUAUCCCUGCCACCGGUGAAGACCCUUCCGAGCCAGUUUAUUUAGCUUUUCUCCUCGGAACAAGUAUCCUCCUCGCUGCUUACCUUGUUGUGACGACUGUACUUAGUGAGGUGUAUUCACUUCCAAGCGUGCUUAGAUACGUUCUUGUGGCUGUCAUGGUGUUGUUCUUGUUCUCGCCUCUUGCGGUUCCCAUCAAGAUGACGCUGUUCCGUUCGAAUGCUCAAAGAUCUUUACCGGGUUCUUCAGACAAUUUAGCUAAAGAGGAAGGUGAGGAACCACUGCUGAUAACUUCUACCUCAGAUCCAAACCUAGGGGCUCUCUUCGAAGAAGAUGAUGAUAUGGAGAUACUUCUCGCUGAAGGAGAAGGUGCGGUUAAGAAGAAGAGGAAGCCUAGGAGAGGGGAGGAUUUCAAGAUUGGCCAAGUCUUUGUCAAGGCUGAUUUUUGGCUGCUUUGGUUUGUCUAUUUCCUAGGCAUGGGUUCAGGUGUUACGGUCUCAAACAACUUGGCACAGAUCGGGUAUGCUUUUGGUAUUAAGGAUACUACAAUACUCCUCUGCCUCUUUAGCUUCUUCAACUUCAUAGGCCGUCUCGCCUCAGGUGCCAUAUCUGAGCACUUUGUCAAGUCAAGAACGCUUCCAAGAACACUGUGGAUGGGAGCUGCGCAGCUGGUUAUGGUGUUCACAUUCCUCCUCUUCUACAUGGCCAUCGACCACACCAUCUACGUGGCGACUGCUCUUAUCGGGAUAGGCAUGGGGUUUCAGUUCUUAUCAAUCGCCACCAUAUCGGAGCUCUUUGGUCUUAGACAUUUUGGGAUCAACUACAACGUGAUACUCUUGGGUAACCCGAUAGGAGCCACCAUAUUCUCGGCCCUUCUUGCAGGAUACAUAUACGACAAGGAAGCGGAGAAGCAAGGGAAUCCUACCUGCGUUGGUCCUGAUUGCUUCAGGGAAACGUUCUUGGUUCUAGCCGGAGUUUGUGGCCUUGGAACUCUGCUGACUGUUAUAUUGACUGUGAGAAUCCGCCCGGUUUAUCAAGCUCUCUACGCAUCUGGCUCAUUUAGGUUGCAGCCACAAUCAGGUGGUCAUUGAUAUUUCUAAGGAAAGUGAGAGAGAGAGACAAAAGAUAAUAUUAAGAGAAAUAAACUCAUAGAUAUGUAAUUUCUACUUUGCAUUGUAUUGUAUCUUGGGGCAUAGAUUUUUGGUGGGGGUUUAUUCUAAGAUUUGUAAAAUUAUGAUUUGUGGAUUAGCCGGCCAAAAACCGGUAGGAAGAACCUUUUGUAACGGCUUAUUGAUCAGGUUGUAAUGUUAUUUGUAUCUGUUUGAUGUUUGU